AUGGUUGAUUCACAAGUCCAAUCUCCCAACGCCUCGCAAGAGAAACAACUCCAACUCGACGAUCUUAUUGCACGUGCGGCUGCUAAGGAUGCGACCAAAGACCAUGAUGCUGCCUCGGAGCUAUACUCCCAAGCUACUGAACUCCAGGCCGAGCUCAAUGGCGAAUUAUCCCCCGAGAAUGCGGAUCUGCUCUAUGCUUACGGCAAGUCAUUGUACAACGUGGCUGUGAGUAAAAGCGAUGUGCUUGGCUCCAAGGUCGCCGGUGAGCAACAGCCGGACAUCACCACAUCUUCGAAAAAAACAUCUUCUGCGGGAUCUAAAUCUACCAAGGAUUCCCUUGUCCAAGACACAAUCGCCAAUUCGAUGGCGCAAAAACCAUCCUCCGUGAAGCGAGCGGAUAAAGAAUCGGAUUCCACGGAUUCCAAGCCAUUUUUCCAGUUUACCGGAGACGAGAACUUUGUUGACUCUGAGGACGAGGACGAGGAAAAUAUGGAGCAGGCCGAGGACGAUGAAGAAGAAGAUGAUUUCGCCAAUGCUUUUGAGGUCCUAGAUCUUGCCCGCGUUCUCUACCUCAAGAAGCUGGACGCUGCAGAGGAAAAAGACGGAGGUAAAGGGAAAUCGACUGAGGUUUCCAAUGAUAUCAAGCAUAUCAAGGAGAGACUCGCAGAUACACACGACCUCCAAGCUGAGAUAUCUCUGGAAGGGGAGCGUUUCAAUGAUGCCGUCACGGACUUGCGGACUGUUCUCGAAUUAAGAAACUCACUAUAUCCUUUGGAAGAUCCAUCGGUUGCUGAGUGCCAUUACAAGCUCUCCCUCGCUCUGGAAUUUGCUUCGGUUCAACAAAGUGAUGAGCAUGCUAGCAAUGAUAAGCCAAAGGUCGAUGAGGAGAUGAGGAAUGAAGCUGCCACCCAGAUGGAACAUGCUAUCGAGAGUUGCAAGGUCAGAAUGGCCCAAGAGGAGAAAAAGUACGAAACAGAGAAGGACGAGGAUGAAGACAAGGCAACUGCGACAAAGCGGAAAAUUGCUAACGUCAAGGAAAUCAUCGCGGAGAUGGAGCAAAGGCUAAUCGAUCUACGCCGACCACCUGUCUCGAUUGAAGAGAGCGAUCAAGCCAGCGAAAGUAUGCUGAAGGGAGUCCUGGGUCAAAUCAUCGGCCAGUCAGCAACGGAGCAGAAAGCUCAGCUCGACGCAGCUAGCAAAAAGGCGACAGAUCUAUCUGCCUUUGUCAAACGGAAGCCUGCGAAGCAGCCAACUCAGCAACCUGAACCUCCCUCGAAAAGACCUGCCGAAGAGCCCGCAGAAAAUAAUUCCAAGCGGUCUCGGGUCGAUGAUGCCUCCUCAUAG